AACCGGGCCGGGCCCCUUUCUUUCCUCCUCCUUUCCUCUCCGUCUCCGUCUCUCUCCAUCUCCUCCUCCGCCUUCUUCCCUCUCCCCGCCACGCCACGCCGCAUUCGCAUCUCCGGAUCCCCGCCGCCCGCCUCGCCGCCGCCUUCCACUCGCCAUUCGCGCCGCCCCAUUCCGCCCUCGCGACCCACCCCCCGCCUCGAUCUCGCCUCGAUUCCCCGCGCCCCGAUUCGUCUAAGUCUCGCUUGGGUAGGAGGAGAUGGCUUGGGGCGGGGGCUGCUCGGGCCGGCGCGGGUGAUCUCUCCUCGCGCGGGGAGCCCUCUCUCGCACCACGCGGAGGAUCCCGUCCCGGCUGGUGCCCCUCUCCUCCGCCUUGUUCCUCUCCAUCUCUCUGUGUCUGCGCGCGCGCUCGCGACUUAGGGUUUCCUCCUUCUGAGCUAGCGGAUAGCGGAUUCGAUCUCCUCCCCUCCCGCUGCUCUGUCUCUCCCCCGCCCGCCCGCCCGCCAUGUUCUCGCACGGCGCUGAUUCCGCACACGACGCCGGGGGCGUCGGCGUCAGCACCGCCGGAGCCACCGUCCCCGCCCGCUUUGUUUGGCCCUACGGUGGCAAGAGGGUCUUCGUAUCAGGCUCCUUUACCAGGUGGUCAGAGCAUUUGCAAAUGUCUCCUGUUGAAGGCUGCCCCUCCGUAUUUCAGGCUACUUGCAGCCUGUCUCCGGGAAUGUACCAGUACAAGUUCUUUGUGGACGGGGAGUGGCGGCACGACGAGCGCCAACCUACUGUAUCAGGAGAGUAUGGCAUAGUUAACACUCUAUACUUGACAAGGGAAAUUAAUCAAAUAAACUCAGUAUUGAGCCCAAGCACACCUGGAACCAGGAUGAACAUGGAUGUGGAUAAUGAAACUUUUCAACGUACGGUUACGGUGUCGGAUGGUAAUAAUCAAGAAGGUCCUCUUAGAGUUUCAGAGGCUGCUAUACAAAUCUCUAGGUGCCGUGUUAUUGAAUAUCUGAGUUUGCAUACAGGCUAUGAUUUGCUUCCAGAUUCGGGCAAGGUUAUUGCUCUGGACAUUAAUUUACCUGUGAAACAAUCUUUCCAUAUCCUGCAUGAACAGGGAAUUCCUGUAGCUCCUCUGUGGGAUUCGUUCAGAAGUCAGUUUGUUGGCCUUCUGAGCCCAUUGGAUUUCAUACUCAUAUUGAAAGAGCUAGAAACUCAUGGCUCGAACUUGACAGAGGAACAGCUUGAAACACACACUAUAUCUGCAUGGAAAGAGGCUAAGCGGCAAACUUACGGAAGAUACGAGGGGCGACCGCAUCAGCCUCUAGUGCAUGCCACCCCUUAUGAGUCCUUGAGGGACAUUGCUCUGAAGAUAUUGCAAAAUGGCAUUUCUACAGUGCCAAUUAUUUAUUCAUCAUCGUCAGAUGGGUCAUUCCCACAGCUGUUGCAUCUUGCAUCCCUUUCCGGAAUUUUGAAAUGUAUCUGUAGAUAUUUCAAAAACUCAACUGGCAAUUUGCCUAUUCUAAACCAACCGGUGUGCACGAUUCCACUGGGUUCCUGGGUUCCAAAAAUUGGUGAUCCAAACAGUCGUCCAUUGGCUAUGUUGCGGCGUACUGCAUCACUUAGCUCUGCCCUUAACAUGUUGAUUCAAGCUGGAGUCAGCUCAAUACCAAUUGUGGAUGAUAAUGAUUCGCUGGUUGACACUUAUUCCAGAAGUGACAUCACAGCUCUAGCAAAAGACAAGGUCUACACACAUGUUCGCCUGGAGGAGAUGGCCAUUCAGCAGGCUUUGCAACUUGGACAAGAUGCCAAUACACCUUUUGGUUAUUUCAACGGGCAGAGGUGCCAGAUGUGCCUCCGGUCUGAUCCUUUGCUGAAAGUGAUGGAGCGACUGUCUAAUCCUGGGGUGCGGCGGGUGUUCAUUGUGGAAGCUGGGAGCAAGCGUGUGGAAGGCAUAAUAUCGCUGAGUGAUAUUUUCAAGUUCUUGCUGAGCUUGUGAGAAGAGCAUGGCAUAGAUGGUUUGUUGUGACAAGUGCCGGAGUUUUAACUGUAGCAAACAGCAGAUGUGAAGCAAGCUGCCGUAUGCCAUGGACGAACGGGUCUCUCUGUCUGUCUGUCCGUGGCCUUUGGAUAAGUAAGGCCAGGAUUAAAGGUGGCUGCUUGUCUUCGCAGAUAAUGGGCAUUAUUCAGUUCAGGGUCUGUCUGUAAAGUUCCUUGUUUUUUUUUUAAUUUUGUGCCCCCUGUUACACAAAAUGUGGUGAUUUUUAUUUAUUGGAUUGUUUACUCUUGAUGGUUGCUCGGCCGCUGAGAGACCGACCGUGCUAUCAUACUAGGUGGUUGCAUUA